GGAAUUAGAUGGAUAUUAACUUCAUCUGAAUAGAUAUUAACUAUCAAUUUCUUUCAGUCCCCUUCUCGUUUUUCUAUCUUAGCUGUAACUCCUUUGUCACAAAUUUAAUUUGCAGGUAGGGAAGAACUUGGAACACUUGAAGAUUCCUCUCACUCAUAUUCAAUCAGCAACCCAUGAUUUUUCAAUCGAAUACAGAAUUACAACUUUUGUGGAUGGCUAUGCUUUCUACAGAGCAGAACUCGAGCAUUAUGAUAAAGAGAAUCCAUCAUCCAAGAGACACAACACUGUACUUAUCAAACGCUACCCCCCUUCUGGAAUUGAGUUGUUUGGAGAAAAAGAGAUUCUCACAGAAAUAGAAAUUCUUUCCGGUGGAGUUAAGCAUCCCAACAUAGUCAAUCUGCUUGGAUUUUGUCUUGAAGCUUCUGAGAUGAUCCUUGUCAUUGAAGAUUUUUCUAAUGGAUUUCUUGGUGAUUAUUUGGGAAACCUCAAAGACAAACGUCUUUUGACAUGGGAAAAACGUUUGAAAGUAUGCAUUGAUGUUGCACACGCAUUAAGGUACAUUCACACUGAGAUGGAAGACCAAACGAGGAUAAUAAACCGUGAUAUAUGGAUCUACAACAUUGGGUUGGAUGCGAAUUUGGAGGCAAAGAUUGUUAACUUUUGGCGGUCCGUAUUCCUGCCUCGAAAUCAAGAAGACGAAGCUCUCUAUCUCGAAUAUAUUGGCACACGUAACUAUGCAGAUCCGGAAUAUAAGAAGACUGAUAAGCUAAAAAGAGAAUCCGAUGUUUAUGGUUUCGGAGUAGUCUUGUUUGAAAUUCUAUGUGGGAGGUUAGCCAAUGACCCAAUAUACCUUAAGGAGAGUGACAAAGGGCUGGCCCAUGUAGCAAGACGAAGCUUGAGCACAGGAUCACUACAAGAGUUGAUAGAUCCUGUAAUAAAGGAAGAAGUUGGUGAAAACGGUUUUGUUCUAAAUAGAGGACCCAACAAGGAUUCUCUGCACACGUUUAUUUCAAUUGCACACCAAUGUGUGGCGGAAACUCAAGACCAACGCCCAACAAUGAAAAUCGUAGUCAAGGAACUUGAGAAAGCAUUAUUUUUUCAAAACAACAACAAGGAUAACCCCAAAAUGUCACUUGAAGACAUAAAACGGGCGACACAAAACUUUCACGAUGACAAUUUCAUCGGUGGGGGAGGAUUUGGUAAAGUCUACAAAGGAAACCUUCAUGAUGGAGAUGGAAUUAAAAUCAUUGUUGCAAAGCGAUUGGAUACAAGGUUUGGUCAAGGAUAACAACAAUUCUUUAGUGAGCUCCAAAUUCUUUUGGAGUAUAAUCAUGAGAAUGUCGUUCGUCUUGUAGGCUACUGUGAUGAAACUGAUGAAAAAGUCCUUAUCUAUGAGUAUUUGUCCAAGGGAAGUCUUGAUAGGUAUUUGAAUGAUACUUCUCUUACAUGGGUGAAACGACUUAAUAUAUGCAUUGAUGUUGCAAGAGCGUUGGAUUUCCUACACGGAGGAGUAGGAAAACUAGCAAAGGUGAUACAUAGGGACAUCAAAACUGAAAACAUCCUGUUAAACAAUGAUUGGAAAGCAAAACUGGCUGAUUUUGGGCUUUCGCUAAUAUGUUCAAUAAAUCAGGAAACAGACUAUAUCAUCGAUCAUGCGUGUGGCACAAAAGGAUACGUGGACCCACUUUAUAGACAAUCGGGAUUCCUAACCAUGGAAUCUGAUAUUUACUCGUUUGGUGUUGUUUUAUUUGAGAUUUUGUGCGGGAGAUCAACGUUUGAAAUCCAAAAACAUGAGGGACACUAUCUACCAGAUUUCAUUGAAAAAAGUUUUAAAGAAGGAACGCAUGGUGAGGUGGUGUUCAAACAAAUGAGGGAACAGAUCGUGCCGAAAUCAUUAAUUACAUUUCAAGAGAUUGCCUACCAAUGUCUACAUCUUGAUAGAGAAAAACGACCAACAACAAAAAAAGUUUUAAUGCAACUCAAGAAAGCAUUGGUAUUUCAAAACAUGGCAUCAACAAUGAACCAGUUUGCUCACUUACAAAUCCCACUUGAAGAUGUGGCGAAGGCCACCAACAACUUUCAUCAUGAUAACAUCAUCGAACAUGGUGGAGGUGGUAUUGCAUAUAAAGGACGACUCUUGUGGUCUGGGAGGUUGAUGGAGAUCGCUGCACGGAGAUUUGAUCGUAAGCAUGGGGAUGGAGACCUCGAGUUCUUGGCAGAAAUUUCAGCGCUUUCUGAUCUCAAGCAUAAAAAUCUGGUCUCUAUUAUUGGGUUUUGUGACAAGAUAGAUGAAAAGAUCAUUGUAACCUCGUAUGAGGCCAAUGGAAGUCUAGGGCAGUAUUUAAACAGCCUGAACCUCACAUGGAAGCAAAGAUUGAAGAUAUGUCUAGGUGUGGCUCGUGCGUUGAGUUACUUACAUUAUGACAAGGGACGUGAUUAUGCUAUCCUACAUUGUAACAUCAAUAGCAACACUAUUUUGUUGGACGAUAAUUGGGAAACCAAGUUAUCCGGUUUUGAAUUUUCCUUCAAACAAUCAGUAAACGAUAAGGAUCAGGUGUGCCCUUGUGAACACACCGACACAUUGGGGUGUGUGGACCCAGCAAUUGAAAAGACGGGAGGUGUGACCCCCAAGUCGGACAUCUACUCAUUCGGUGUUGUUUUAUUCGAAAUAUUGUGCCAGAGGAAAGCGUUAAUUCAUAACGAGGUUGAUAGGUCUCUAGCUCAGUUGGCCAAGCAUCAUUAUGAAAAGGGAACAUUGCAUGAUACAAUCCAUCCUCCUCUAUUAAAUCAAAUAUUGUCUCCGCAAUCACUCCUCAUAUACUCAAAGGUAGCAUAUUCUUGCUUAAAUGAUGAUCGAGCACGCCGCCCAGAUAUGCACCAUAUUGUGGCUAAACUUGAGAAAGCAUUCGAACUUCAGUUGCGUCAUGAAAAUAUUGAAAACAAGUUGGGAGACUUGAAGAUUCUUCUUGGUGAUAUUAAAUUAGCAACAAAUAAUUUCUCAGAGACAUACGCAAUUGCAUCUGUUGGUAGCGAAUGUACUUUGUACAGAGCAGAACUCCACUGUUUUGAUAAAGAAACUCCUUCAUCUGAAAAGGGGAAGAAUAAAGGAGAUCAUCCCAAGGGACACAACAUUGUGGUUAUAAAACGGUACCCCUCUGGAAAUGAGUGGUAUGGAGUAGAAGAGUUUUUUACAGAAAUUGAGAUGCUUACGAGUAUUAAGCAUCCGAACACAGUCACUUUAAUUGGAUUUUGUAUUGAAGAUUCUGAGAUGAUCCUUGUCAUUGAGAAUGUGUCUAAUGGAUACCUUGAAGAUUAUUUGGGAAACAACAAUGAUAUGCGUUUUUUGACAUGGGAGAAGCGUUUGAAAAUCUGCAUUGAAGUUGCAAACGCAUUGGAGCACCUUCACUCUGAGAUGGAAGACCAAAAGAUGAUAAUACACCGUGAUAUAUGUAGCUACAACAUUGGGUUGGACGAGAACUGGAGAGCAAAGAUUGAUGGGUUUGGAACCUGUGUAUUCUUGCCUCCAAAUCAAGAAGACGAAGCUGUCUAUAUCAAUUGGCGUGGCAGGCCUAGCUACAUAGAUCCAGAGUAUGAGAAGACUCGUAAGUUAAAAAGAGAAUCAGAUGUAUAUAGUUUUGGAAUAGUAUUGCUUGAAAUUCUAUGUGGGAGGACAGCCUUUGACCCAAUUUACUUGAAGGAGAGUGACAAAGGAUUGGGCCCUAUGGCAAGACAAAGUUUCUGUACAGGAACUCUAGAGGACAUGAUAGAUCCUAUACUAAAGGAAGAAACCAGUGAAUUCAAUUUUGUCCUAAAGAGAGGACCCAACAAGGAGUCUUUACACACAUUCAUGAAAAUUGCAUAUCAAUGUGUGGCAGAAACUCAAGAUCAACGUCCGACAAUGAAAGUCGUUGUCAAGGAACUUGAGAAAGCAUUAUCAUUUCAAUUGAAUUCAAAGGUUAACUCUGAUUAUGUGGAGAAGAGUCAUGCUUCCAUAAUUGAGACACAAGUAGUGGAGAUUUCCAAUGAACUGAACAAUAUGAACAUGACUGGCAAAUCUGAAAAUUUUGAAAUUCAUAACAAGGAAAAUAAGUUACACGACCAAACCGAUGACCCAGCUGAACCUGACUGUUGAAAGUCAGACUCUUAGGAAGGCUGCUACACCUUCUUGGCCAAAUAUGCCAGAAGAAAUGCACAAAUAUGAAAAGGAGGCUAAGUUGCAGGUGCUUUUGGUUGUUGUAUUUGGUGGGGUCGGCUUUCAUAUAGGUUUAAACAGGCUUGGUAUUUUGAGUUGGACU